AAAGCAUAAGAUUUGCACAUCUCAGGCGCUUCAGGUGAAUUCGAGCGACCGACGAUUCUUCCUCUUCUCUCUUCUGAUCUAGUGCCCUACUCCUCCAUUAACGAUCGAAACAAAUCUAAGAGGAGCGAGAAAAACCCUAGCUAGGCUUAUCGGAGGAAAAAGAGAUCGAUGAGGAGAGGUAAGCUAGUGAUCCGGAGGAUUGAUAAUUCCACGAGCAGGCAAGUGACUUUUUCAAAGCGUAGAAAUGGAUUGCUUAAGAAGGCCAAGGAGCUCUCGAUCCUUUGCGAUGCAGAAGUUGGGGUGAUUAUUUUCUCCAGCACCAACAAGCUAUACGAUUAUGCCAGCACAAGCAUGAGAUCUGUUGUUGGGCGUUACAACAAAGCAAAAGAGGAAGAACACCAGCAGAACAAUCCUGCUUCGGAAGUCAAGUUUUGGCAAAUGGAGGCAGCAGUCUUGAGGCAACAAUUGCAGUACUUGCAAGAGUGUCACAGGAAAUUGAUGGGCGAAGAACUUUCUAGUCUGAAUGCCAAAGAUCUACAAAACCUGGAAAAUCAGUUGGAAAUGAGCUUGAAGGGUGUCCGACAAAAGAAGGAACAAAUAUUUACUGAUCAAAUAGAAGGACUAAACCAGAAGGUAAAUCUCAUUCAUCAAGAAAAACUAGAACUCAACAAGAAGCUAGACCUCAUCCGUAAAGAAAAUGAAGAAUUGACAAGGGUUCAUAGGGAAAGGGAUGUGAAUGAGGCAAGCAGAAGUUUUCUUGUUCCAUACACCAUCAGCACUGGAUACGAUCUGAACGCACCCAUCCAGCUUCAGCUAAGCUGGCCACAGCCUCAGAAUAAUGAAGUAGCAGAAAAAACAAUGAAACCGGGGUAUCUCCUCAACAAACUCACUUGCUAUGCACCAUUUAAGUCUAUCAUAGCAAUUACUUCUUAUAUUAAUCCAAUGACUCCUCAAAAUUGCAACAGGUUACAACUAGAUUAGCAAAUCCAUUUUGGCAACCGUGGAUGGUCAUCUGUCAUUAUCCCAUCAACAAUUUGCCCAUUGUGGAAAGUCAAGCUUCCAACAGUGAGAUUCCAUAAUUCAUCUAUUAGACUCAAUACAAUAAGCAGGAGCAUAAAAUUUGGUGUGAAUGUUCUAUGAAGCUUGCCAUAACACUAAAAUCCAGACCAGAUACCUAUGUAAAUUUACACAAUAAUGGGAAAGCACUAGAAAUGGCAUGGAUUGCUCUAGCUGUCUAAAAACUUGAUGUGGUCAAACAAAUGGACUAUUGAUGACAAUUGCGGUAGAUGUGCUAUUCCAUUGUUUAGUCAAAUUAAUGAGCAUCUUAAAAAACCACAUCACUAAAACUUAUGGAGCAACCGAAAAAAUGUUAAAAAAACAAUAUGGUUUCUGACUUCACCAUGCUUCAUUAAUAAAGCUGUAACCCCACCAGUGUAAUUGUAAAGAAUUUAAAAGCAUGCAGGGAUAGCCAACCCAUUCAGAUGCAGGCAUGUGCCUAUUGCAACAGGAAAACGGUAAGCAUUCCAACUAUUUGUCAUGUAUCAAUAAAACAUUCUGAGCUUCGAACAAUCGGUAAUUAUAUUUAUUUUAUUCAAGAGUUCCAAAUUCAAAAGUUCCCUCUAAAGAAAUUACUUUCUUGAUGGGUAAAAUAAGAGUUUAUUGAUCAAAUAAAUAGGCAAAGCCAGAGUAGAAGUAUACAUGGAUACCACCUAGUUACAACAGCAUGCAUUCAUCAUAACUUAUGCAGCCAUACAAGAUGGAUAACACAAUAGCAUGUAUUCAUCAUAAAUGAUGCAACAGAUCCUGUGCCAAGAGUAACACUACUGGGACAAAGGGAUAAGAAGAGGAAAAGAGAAAAAGAGA